AUGGCCUGCGGAAUGGAUUGCGGAAGGAAAAAUGAUGUAAAUUUCGCGACAUUUUUUACCGGUGAUGCAAAACAUCCAGAGAACUUGAUACUCAAACACAUGGAAAGAUAUCCAACUGGUGAUCCAUACCAACCUGUGGCUUGCACUGCACGUAAAGAGAGGGCACACUAUUAUCAUGCGAUACUAACUUGUGUAAUGAAGAGACAUCCAUAUUUUCAACCUUCCAUGGUUGAUUAUUCAGAGGUGCAGAAUGUGCUGAGUGAGGCAAACAAAAUGAAGCUGGCUGGAGAUCUUCAAAUCAUUUUGCCAUAG